AUGAACCACACAACACAGAAGGACUCAGAGGGAGAGGAGGAAGAGGAGGAAGAGGAGGGAGACAGCGACUUCAGCAAACAAGGACCCAUCUCAGAGUUCUUUGACAAAUUAUUAUCAAGUUUUCUACGAAAUUUGCUCUGUUUUAGACUCGUCCACAACAUGUUGAAUGUACCGACCCAGUCUUUCCCGGCUCCGAGCUCCCAGCAACGGGUUUCACCGGGAGGAUCCGCCGGUACCGGGAGGAACAAGGUUGCUCUGAAGCCUGGACACAGUUUGAUGGACUGGAUACGAUUUGCGAAAAGUGGAAAAGAUCUGACAGGUUUAAAAGGUAGACUCAUAGAAGUGACAGCGGAGGAACUGGAGAAGCACAAGACGCGGGAAGACUGCUGGACCUGCAUCAGAGGGUUGGUCUAUAACAUCACACCGUACAUGGACUACCACCCUGGAGGAGAGAGCGAGCUGAUGAGGGCGGCAGGCAUCGAUGGCACAGACCUGUUUGACCAGGUCCAUCGAUGGGUAAACUAUGAGUCCAUGUUGAAAGAGUGUCUGGUGGGGAAAAUGUCGACGAAGCCUGUUCUUGCAAAAAGCGCUGUCAUAUCUCCUCCUCCUGCACCAGCCGCACUCGCUCCCACUACUUUUUUCGCUCCACCCCCAGAGAAAGAUGGCCGACCACGGUAUGACUGGUUCCAGACAGAUGCCACAGUUCAUCUUGUUGUUUAUGCAAAAAGAAAGAUCCCCAGCUCAGGUUGCACAGUUGUCGAUUUGCGCGAGGGCGUAUUACGAAUCGAAGUUCUUCUACACAAAAUGUCUUACGUUAUUCAUUUAAGGCUCACUGAUAAAGUGGAAGAACGUGUUUCAGUUCAAACAGCCUUCUCUGUGGGAAAAAUCCAGGUCAUGUGUCGCAAACUGAGUGCGGGAAAGUGGAAAAGUCUUGGUGAAGCGCUGGAGUUGCACAAUACAUUUCUACGCAAACAAGACAGAACUGUGCUUUACAGAGAUUGUGUGCUGGUGUCUCAGACUGAAGUGAACCACAACACACAGGUUUACAGACUGCAGCUGCCUCCAGGGAGCGUGAUGCAUGUGCCAGUGGGAAAACACAUCUACCUCAAAGCCAACAUACAAGGUGUGGAAGUGGUGCGGCCAUACACCCCUGUGGACCGGACUCUCUGGACACCGCAAGACUCAGCUCCAGAUAAAGAUCUCUACCUCAUGGUCAAAGUGUAUUCUGAUGGACUGUUCACUCCACACUUGUACCAGAUGAACCCUGGAACUAUCAUCAGUGUGAGUGGUCCAGAGGGCAGCUUCAGUCUCCGCCCCCUUCGCGAUGUCACUCAUUUGUUCCUGGUAGCUGCGGGAACUGGCUUCACUCCGAUGGCCCGCCUCAUUCACACAGCUCUAAGAGAAAUCGAGACAAUCAAGAAAACAAAACUGCUGUUUUUUAAUCGAAAAGAAGAAGACAUUUUGUGGAGGAGUGAACUGGAUGAACUGGCAGCUACAAACGAGAGGUUUGAGGUCGACUACAUCUUAUCGGAACCUUGUGAGAACUGGAGUGGAGAGCGGGGCAGAGUGAGCGAGUGUUUGCUCAGAGAAAAGAUCCAGAAAACAGACGAGUCGAAAAACUUUGCCUGCCUCUGUGGCCCCAACGCCUUCACAGAGCUAACAAUAGGUUUGUUGAAGCAGCUGGGUUUUGAUGAACAGGAACUGCAUGCCUUCCAGGGCUGA